ACCAUCGCACCGGACGGGUUGUUACCGGCCGGCACCGGACAGCGAGUGUAAAUCUCGAGAUGUACGACACUCGAUCGUGAUCAUUCGCCCCUAGCGGAGCUGUGUUAGUUGCCAUUGUGUAGAGCGACCUGUUCCCCGAUUGUCUUCCUGUCCCGCACGCAAUUACCAUGCCAUCGAAGAGUUCCCGUUUGCAGGUGAUAGUGGCCGUAGCCGUCGCUGUGGCGUUCGGUGUUACUAGUGCACAGUAUCUCGACCCGUGCACCACACCGGAGCGAACGGCUGGAACCUGUGUGCUGGUGGCGCAGUGCAGCUACGUCCGAACGCUCCUCUACAAACCGGUUCUGACGGCGAACGAUGUGCAGUACCUGGAGAGUAGUCGUUGUGGUGUCCGCGAACGGAAGGUGCUCGUUUGCUGUGCGGCUCCCGAUAGUGUGGGGAACCCAACCACUCCGACCACUCCGACACGCCCGUCGGCCCCACCAUCCACUACGUUGGCUACGAUCACACGACAGGACCUCGGGCAGUUCUCGGAACAAGUGAAGCUUCUGCCAAAGGAUUGCGGCAUCCAGUACUCGGAUCGGAUCAUCGGGGGAGAACGGGCCAAGAUCGACGAGUUUCCGUGGACCGCUCUGAUACAGCACCGACGAAAUAAUGGUGAUCUCAAGUUCCACUGUGGAGGAUCGUUGAUUAGCAAUCGUUACGUUCUCACGGCUGCCCACUGUAUCAACAACAUCGCGCGAUCUUGGACGAUAACUGCUGUCCGGUUAGGUGAAUGGGAUCUGCAAGCGGAACGCGACUGCACCACGAUCUUCGACGAGCAAAUCUGUGCCGAUCCGGUGCAGGAUAUUGCGGUCGAGCGGCUCAUCGUGCAUCCAAACUACGCCACGACGUUGUCGCGGGUGAAGAACGAUAUCGCCCUGAUACGCUUGGUGCAACCGGCCCAGUUUACGGACUUUGUUCAACCGAUCUGCCUGCCGCUCAGCGAUGGCGAGCGUACGCGAUCGUACGAUGGGCAAAGCUUCAUGGUCGCUGGAUGGGGUCAAACGGAGGAGGCACCCCAAAGUCAAUACAAACUCUUCGUGGUGAUCAAGGGCGUACAGGAGGCCAGCUGCCAGCAAAGCUACCCGCGCGCAGACAUUGACGGUACGCAAGUUUGUGCUGGAGGCGAUGCGAACAAAGACUCUUGUCGAGGCGAUUCCGGUGGUCCGCUGAUGUACAACGGCAACAGCGACAAAGGUCCGCUAAUGUAUCUGGCCGGAGUGGUCAGCUUUGGCAGGAAGUGUGGUUUGCAGGGAGUUCCCGGUGUUUAUACGCGUGUCAAUCAGUACCUCGAGUGGAUCGUGGGUACCCUAGAGCCAUAGUGUGCUCACACGAUCGUUGAUAGCGAUCUCAGUCGUUCAAUACCACUGACUUUUCUAGCAAGUUGAUAAUGACCUCGCUUGAUAAUGACAGGCAAAACCGUGCUAGACUCAUUCUAGUGGUUCGUGCCAUGAUCUUCAUUUAAAAGAAAGUAACCAAAAUAUUUAGAAAACACAAUAAUAUGGAUUUAUUUGCUAAAGAAAUGGAAUAUUUAACACACCACAAACGUGAUCGCUCAGGGCUCUAAAGCUUCCACGAUCCAGCUCAGGAAGGGUUCGAUCUUAGUAAAUACCAAAUGACCGUCAAAGUUUGCACAGUUCGAGAGUGAAUUGAGCACACCGGCCAACUCCGCCCGUUUGCUGUUACGAUCCUCGUCGAACGUUUUCGUCGCCGUCAAGCCUCCUCCAGGCUCCACCACCAAUGCUCGUUCGCUUGAGGACACACACAUGUGAUGUGAUGCCUCAGCGGGAACCGAGGACAAAUACCGACCGCAUGCAGUUUUAUUGGCCGCCCGGUAGUUUGUGAUCGUUUUGUAUCGAUAACCACUAAGCUCUGAAAACACAAAAUAAAAGUAACAGAGUCCUUAGACGCGCCCGCAAGUAA